AUGACCAAGAACAAAACAGCCAGGGACUUUUUCGGAACAUUGCAAAAUUUGUAUGUCUUCAUCGAGACUUGCACGAAACGACAUGCAUUAUAUACAAAAAACCAAACUCUAAGAAACAAGAAAGAUAAAGAUGGAAAACAGCGCGAGUACUUCUUCAAAAAGUUAUCAGAUACACGAUGGGCAUGCAGAGCAGACAGCAUUAAAGCAAUUCACCAUACUUUAGAAGCAGUACUCGACACGCUGGAGAAUAUCAAGGACAACGAAACCAAAGCAAAUAUUGCUGCAGAAGCUAAAGGACUGUUCAACAACAUUGAUUUUCAGUUUGUUCUGGCUUUAGAGGUAAAGUAUGUGGAAAAUGCUUUCAAACUUUAAUUUCAAUUAUAUUUUCAGACGCAGAGACAUUAUGUUUUCAGUUUUCACUCUAUUAAUCUGAAGGUAUUCUUUUUUACAAAGGUUCUUAAAAAGGUCAUGCAUCUCAGCAAAGGAGUUUCUGAUAAACUACAGUCGGAGGAUUUGGACGUUGUGACUGGUUGUGAGAGAGUUGCUGAUUUACUGACCACAUUAAGGGGCCUUCGAUGUGAAAAGGAGUUUGAUGCAUUCUGGGCCAACAGUCUCACAAGAUGCCACGAUUUAAAUAUACCGGAACCAAAAGAAAUUCGUCCCCACAAGCUUCCUCGGAGAAUUGAUGACAACCCUGACACAGCUGGACAGCUUCUCCCAAAGGGAUAA